UACACCAACAGACCAUCCACAUACAACAGCUGCAGACACUGCAGGCACGAUGGCUGUCAGGGCAAGCAGCACAGGCUUGGUGGUGCUGUGCUUGACCUCUCUUCUCCUUGUGCCAUCACUUGCUGAUGAUACCUCCGGAUCCCAUGGUGCUGGGAGGAAGAUGACGCCAGGAAUGGUGGCCGAGGAGAAGGAUCCACCAAUGUACACGCCCACCGUACCAUCGUACACACCUACCGUACCAACAUACAGGCCCACCGUACCAUCAUACACUCCUAACGUGCCAACAUACAGGCCCACCGUACCAUCAUACACUCCUAACGUGCCAACGUACAGGCCCACCGUUCCAUCAUACAGGCCACCAACAUACAGGCCACCGACAUACACGCCGCCGAUGUACGGCACACCGCCGUGAAUGCCAUAGUUUUCCGGCGCAGGCGGAGAGAGGCCAGCACCAUGGAUGAUGUGCACGUACGAAGAAUAAUGACCUCUUCAGCGCGCGGAUGAACUAGCUAUGUGUAUGUGUGUAAGUGAAUAAAAUGACCACCUGUCGGCGUGAGGUGCAGUGCACCUGUGAUUGUUUCGAUACCUAGCCACGACCGACGCCAACUUUAAUAUGGGAGCCUGUUUGUAUGCUGUAAUCAAAUUAUUUAUAUGGGGGCCUUGCUUUAUUUGCAGGCUCCAGAUACCACUCUACAAUAUAA